AUGUGGUUUCCGGAUCAGAUUAGAGGUUAUAUUGUCUGUGGUGUAUAUGACAUGUUUAUAUCACAGGAACAACCUCAUGUACAUGUUCAUCAAAAUAUGGAGUUAAUAUGGCAUAAACAGGUUCCUUUAAAAGUUUCUAUCCUUGCUUGGCGGUUGUUGAGGGAACGAUUACCUACUAAAUCCAACUUGGCAGAUCGUGGCAUUGCAUCUGUGGAGGACCGAUUUUGUGUCACAGGAUGUGGGCAUGUUGAAGAUGUGAAUCAUAUGUUUUUGUCUUGUCCAAUUUUCGGUGCAUUGUGGCCUAAGGUGCGGGAAUGGCUUGGUGUUGAAGGUGUAGAUUCUCAUGCUAUCUCAGAUCAUUUUGUGCAAUUUAUCGAAUAUGCAGGUGGCUUGAAAUCCCGUCGAUCUUUAUUUCAUUUGAUUUGGCUUCAGUGUGUUUGGGUUUUAUGGACUGAACAGAAUGACAGGCAUGUACGAAAUAAGAAACGUUUUGAGGGGAUUGAUGUUGAUGUGACUGUCACUGUUCAAAAGGCACAAAGAUCUAUUGUCAAUUUUAAGAGUGCUGGUAUGGUGUUGGUGGAGACACUAAGUGGAGGUUCAAUUUUGCCAAUAUCUGAUGUACAUUGGACACCUCCUUUUAGUGGUUUCUAUAAGCUUAAUGUUGAUACAGUAGGUCUGAUGGAAGAUGAUAAGUGGGGUAUUGAUUCAGAGGUUGCAGAGGCUUUAGCUAUGCGGAAGGGUUUGGAAUUUGCAAAAGACAUGUCUUUUUUGAAUCUUAUAGCAGAAUCAGUUGCUUCUAAUGUGGUUUUAGCGUUGAAUGCUAACCAACAAUCUCCCAACUAUGUUGGCUCAAUUAUUCGAGAUUGUAUUAAUUUUAAGGGUAGUUUUCGUAGUUUAAAUUUUUCGCAUGUUAGGCGUGAAUCCAACCAAUCUGCUCAUUAUUUAGCAAAAUAUGCUUUUAAGAAUUUAGAUUGCAUACGGAUUGAAGAAACUCCGCCUUAUAUUUCUGCAGUCUUGACAUUUGAUUUAUUGCCAAACUUUCUGUUGUGA